GCUUCAGCACAGCCCGGCAAAGCAGCCCGUGCCGGGCAAGACCCGAGCGAGAGGGAAGCAGAGAUGAGAGCUGGGGCCCUCCUCACUCUUGCCCUGGCUUUGACUCUGUGCAGUGACGGUUUCAGGAUGCACUACAAAUCUGGGGCACGAAGCGGCUCAAAACAUGAGUUCACUCGCCCACAAGUGUUUACAGAGGAUGGAAUUUUGUGCAAAUUUCCUUUUCGGUAUGGUGGACGGUUUUACCACUCGUGUGUAUCAAAUCACUUUUCCCGAAGGGAAUGGUGUGCAACGACACAUAACUAUGACCGUGACAGGCAGUGGGGAUACUGUGCUUCGUCAUCUGAAGACCACUCAGCGUUUCUGGAUCCCUGUGCAAGCAGCCCUUGCCAGAACGGCGGGACCUGUUUCUCUGCCCGUGGCCGCCGGCGGUACCACUGCGCCUGUCCCGAGGAGUUCACAGGAAAGGACUGUGAGAUGAAGAAGUGUUUUGAUGACAGUCUCCAUGAGUUCUUCGAUGUGGACAUGAGCUGGUCGAGGGCCCGACAAGGAGUGGUGGAGCAGUGCACGUGCACGGACAGCCAGAUCAAGUGCCAGAAAACUGAACACCAAAGUUGUGCUCAAGAUCCUUGCCUGAAUGGUGGCGAAUGUAAAAUGAUCACCUUCAAUAGGAAAAUAGUCUGUGACUGCAAAGGAGAAUUUGUAGGGAAGUACUGCAAUAUUGUUCCCAGCCAUCGUUGCUACCUUGGCAAUGGUACCGAAUACAGAGGUACUGUGAAGACGACAAUUUCUGGACACAGAUGCUUGCCCUGGAAUUCAGAUUUACUUUACCAAGAGUUUCACGUCAACAGUGUUGAAAAAGCAAUUCUGUUAGGCCUGGGACCUUUCUCUUACUGCAGAAAUCCAGAUGAGGAUGAGAAACCGUGGUGUUACAUCAUGAAAGACAACAGUUUGUCUUGGGAAUAUUGUAAUGUUCCAUCUUGUGCAAGCAGGGAAAGGAGGCCACCAGCUCCAGAUAAUGUGGAAAAUUUUGCAGUUGUUAGAAGACCAUGUGGGAGAAGACACAAAAAAAGAAGUUUUGUGAGACCCAGGAUUGUUGGGGGAUCUUCAUCUUUGCCUGGAUCUCAUCCCUGGACAGCAGCUAUAUACAUUGGAGACAGUUUCUGUGGUGGAAGCCUUAUUCAGACUUGCUGGGUGGUGUCAGCAGCACAUUGCUUUGCUAACAGUCCACCAAAAUCCACUAUUAGAGUAGUUCUGGGUCAGCAUAUAUUUAAUAAAACGACUGAUGUAACGCAAACAUUUGAAAUAGAGAAAUACGUCUUACAUCCUGAGUAUUCUGUGUUCAGCCCUACUGACCAUGAUAUUGUUUUGAUUAAGCUGAAGAAGAAUGGCCAACGUUGUGCCGUCAAGUCCCAGUUUGUCCAGCCCAUCUGCUUACCAGAAAGUAGCACCGUUUUCCCUGAGCAGCACAAAUGUCAGAUUUCCGGAUGGGGACACAAGCACGAGAAUAUAUCUGGUUAUUCACAUAUCCUGCAAGAAACUCUGAUACCAAUUAUUUCUGAGGAAAAAUGCAGAAGCCCUGAGGUUUAUGGAACAGAAAUCAAUGAGAAUAUGUUCUGUGCUGGAUACUUCGAUAGCAAGACUGAUGCUUGCCAGGGAGAUUCGGGUGGACCUCUGGCUUGUGAGGAAAAUGAAAUUUCUUACCUGUAUGGAGUUAUCAGCUGGGGAGAUGGCUGUGGCAGAGUCAACAGACCUGGAGUAUACACACGAGUGACCAACUACGUAAACUGGAUUAAUGAGCGGAUAGCCCCCCGCAAAAGCGCAAGCUGAGCCCUUCAGCGAGCUGCCACUGCAAGCAACACGCAGGAGUCUUCCAGUUUCGCUAAGCUGGCAUUAAUAUUUUAUUGUAAAAUAAUAUGAAAACUGUCAUAGUAAUUCUUUGAAUUUUCAAAACUUAUCCUUAAAAGUAGGCCUAAUGCAGCUGAUGUCACUCUCUCUGGUCUAGAAUUGUGGGGCUGUGGAUAGCUACAUMUAUGAGCCUGUCUUUAUGUGGCCUCGUGGUACCAAAGCCACACUGAUUGAUCUCUGCCUGGUGGGCUACAUAGAAUGAGUUAUUUGAGUGUUUUCGGCCAGUUUCUUAUGAAGAUACCAGACCUCAUAGCCAGGCCAUAACAACAUUGUCCUCAUAGUCUUAGCCAAGUUUCAGGAAAUAAAAUAAAAAAGAGGAAUUGCCAGAAUGAAAUUCUCUUCCCCUUGGAAGYGAUCCCUCAAUGUUCAUGCUGAGCGACACCAAUGGAGUGAUGCAGAUCAAGCUGCUCCCCAGCUCACGGCAGCAAGCCAAUUCUGGGGGAAAAGAAAAAACAGAGGAUUUAGGCUUUGGUUCAACAAAACAUGUUAGCACAUUUUUAUGUUCCACUGACACAAAAUUAGGAUGCUGUGCUUCAGGGCUCUGCUGGAUCUGGUCUGCARUUUUCCAGCACGGUUAAUGUAACACCUCCCAAGAGCAAGUUUACUGCAGAAAUUGCUCUUUGAUUGUCUGCAGAGAUGACUGCAGACUCAGAGGAGCCUUUUGUUUGAUAGUGCCAGCAGGAUCUUCAUGGGCUUCUUCUUUGUGGUGAAUUAUUUUGGUAGCCCAGAGAAACUCUGUUAAGGAAAAAUAACCAAAAACUGAAUUUGUGUGCGGACAAAGAUUUAA